CUUUUUUAUGCCCUUAAUUGCUGGUAAGGCCCUGAAUUUUUGCUUAAUUUGAUUUCUUCUACUUCAAUUUCUGAUCAAACUUUCCUUACAAUCUCCUCCCCGUUACCCUCGAAUUCAGGAGGCCAGGGUUUCACUUUCGCAUCACUGAAACCCUGGGUUGAGACUUUGUUUCUAUCUUCUGUUUCUUUUCACGCCAAUUUCUUUAUUCUUCGAAGUAUUUUGGGGAAAGUAAGAUUUGGCAAUGAAUCUCAAUUGUUCGUAUAGUGCUAAAAAUCCCAAAUUUCGUGGGAUUUUCAAUGGAUUAUGUGCUGUUGUUCUUGUCUUUUUAUUCUACCACCAGGAAGAUGUAAUUAGGAACCCUCUUUUAAGGCAAUCGGCCGCAUUUACUAGUGAGAGUUUUUAUAGGAGAUCUGCUUUCUCGCAUGAGUCGAGUCACAUUACUUCAAUUCAUCGACGGAUGAGUGAAUUUGAUACUAAUUCAUCGAUUUUAGUUAAUGGGCCUCCUCAAAAUAAUGUAAGUGACGAGAGUGGUCCUGCUCUUUGCACUGGACUGCUUCAUCAUAAGGGUUACGCUAAUCAAUGUGAAUACUUGAAAGCGCACCCACAAUGUUCCUCUGGUGGAUUCUUUGAUUAUCUCAGGUUCUUCUAUUGUGCUUGUGGUGAUUUCAGUCUGUUGGCCUAUCUAGUGUUGGGUAUUUGGCUUGUUGCUCUGUUCUAUUUAUUGGGCAAUACUGCAGCAGAUUACUUUUGUUGUUCACUGGAGAAGCUGUCAAGUCUUUUGAGGUUACCUCCUACUGUUGCAGGGGUUACCCUUCUCCCUCUAGGGAAUGGAGCACCGGAUGUGUUUGCAAGUAUAGCUGCUUUUGUGGGAACAAACACGGGUGAAGUGGGUCUUAACAGCGUGUUGGGUGGUGCAGUGUUUGUUACUAGCGUUGUUGUUGGGAUUGUUUCACUGUCUAUUGCAGAGAAAAGGGUUCAAGUUGAUAAGAAAUGCUUCAUAAGAGAUGUGAGUUUCUUCCUCUUUACACUUCUUUCUCUGCUAAUGAUUUUGAUCAUUGGUAAGGUAACCGUGGGGAUGGCAAUUGCCUUUGUCUCGAUAUAUGUGGUUUAUGCGUUUUGCGUGGCUGCAAAUGAAAUUCUGAGGAAACAAAUGCGGAGGUUGAAAAUGGAUGUGGUUACGCCAUUGCUUCCUGUGCGAGGAAGUAUAUUUUCACAAACUAGUGAAGAUGAUAUUCCUAUGUACAGUUCUCUACUUGAAAUUGACACUGAAGAUGAUCCACCACGUCUCCACAGUUCUCUGCCCCAGUGGAUGUGGGCUUCAAAUGUGGCAAUAUAUUCAAACCAUUUUCUGAAACCCAAUCUAAAUGAUGAAAGGCCUCCAUGGGGCUGGAGUGAUGAGAAUGCAGAAAGCAAGAGAUCAUCGCUCUUCUGUUCAAACAUAAUUUCAUUGUUAGAAAUUCCACUGACAGUGCCAAGAAGGUUGACAAUACCAUUAAUUGAGGAGGAAAUAUGGUCAAAGGCUUAUGCUGUUUCCAGUGCUUCAUUGGCUCCCAUCCUCCUGGCAUUUCUCUGGAAUAGCCAAGAAAACAUGGGUUCUCAAACUAUAGCGGUUGCAUAUUUUAUUGGUGUUGCUGCUGGUUGCACACUUGGUCUUCUUGCAUAUUGGCACACUGUAUCUGAGCACCCACCUCGGAAAUUUUUACUUCCCUGGGUCUUAGGUGGAUUUUUUAUGAGUAUUAUAUGGUUUUACAUGAUUGCUAAUGAGCUCGUUGCUUUGUUGGUGACAUUUGGUGAGAUAUACGGAAUCAACCCAUCCAUCCUUGGGUUGACUGUGUUAGCGUGGGGCAACUCAAUGGGUGAUUUGGUGUCAAAUGUUGCCCUGGCAAUGAAUGGUGGUGAUGGUGUGCAGAUAGCCUUGUCUGGAUGUUAUGCAGGUCCCAUGUUCAACACGCUUGUUGGGUUGGGAAUUUCAAUGUUGCUCGGCGCCUGGUCAAAGAGACCAGGUCCAUACAUAGUUCCAAAUGACGGCAGCUUGUUUUACACUCUGGGAUUUCUUGUUUCAAGACUAGGAUGGGCACUUAUUGUUUUGCCCCAAAAUGACAUGCGACCUAACAAGGUGUUGGGCAUAGGCCUUGUAACACUCUACUUAAUGUUUCUUUCGUCAAGGCUCAUGAGUGCUAUGGGAUUUAUCUCUUUGGGUACAGGUUGAAGUUUGUUGUGUUGUAAUUAGUGGGCCAGGAACGCUGUAACCAGUGGGGGUAAUGAUCUCUGUAUUCUGUAUUAUUGGUUAAAUACUUUGCUGUAAGUAUACGAUAGUAACACGUAUUGAUGGAGAGCAACUGCUGUAUUCGAACAUCAUUUCCUCGGUCAUAAUCUUGCCAGGUGUCUGUCUAGCUGGGUCUUACAUC